UUGAGAACAGAGCUAACUUUGCCUAUCCAAAGCAUUACUCUGUGGUCUGAUUCCACAACUGUGCUUAACUGGCUUCUGUCACAAUCUUGCCGAUUCAAAGUGUUUGUAGGCACCAGAGUGGCUGAAAUACAGGAGCUCACGGAGUCUGAUACCUGGAGGUAUGUGCCUUCACAGGACAACCCUGCAGAUGACAUCACGAAAGGUAGAUCUAUCCGUGACAUAGGCCGUGAAAGCAGAUGGUACAGUGGGCCCAAAUUUCUUAGCCAAACAUCUCAUAGCUGGCCAGAGAUGCUGCCGCUAACCACCACUAAUCAUGACAACGAACUGAGAAAGUCUGCCUUUUGUGGUUUAACAACUUCCACUGUGCCUACACCAGACCUGCAGCAGUACUCAACCUAUACAGAUUUGCUGAAAGCCUAUAUUCAACAUGACAAUACACCAACAGCAGAUGACUAUAAAGGAGCAGAGCUGGCAGCUCUUCGUAAGAUUCAAACUGACUCCUUCGCAGAGGAACUGUCAUGCUUAAGAGCAAACAAACCCUUGCCAAAACAUAGUCGAUUGUUAUGCUUAGCUCCUGAAUUCGAUGAUGUCAUAGAACUUAUACGUGUUGGUGGCCGCCUCCGUCAAUACAGCCAACUGGAAGAAGAUGCCAUUCAUCCUAUCGUCCUUGACUCACGCCACCCAAUUACCAAACUAAUAAUCAAAGAAUAUGACAAUCAAUUGCAUCACCCAGGGCCAGACAGGGUGUUUGCUGAGCUUCGAAGAAAGUACUGGGUGUUACGUGGACGAGCAGCAGUCAAAAGUCACCAACGGCAAUGCACAGAGUGUCAAAGAUGGCGGGGACAACCACACCCUCCCAAAAUGGCAGAUCUUCCUCAGGCCAGAUUAAGGAUCCAUCAACCAGUAUUUUAUUCCACGGGUGUAGACUGUUUCGGACCUUACACUAUAAAAGUGGGACGUAGGAAUGAAAAGAGAUGGGGAAUCAUUUUUUAAUGCAUGACCUCACGGGCAGUCCAUAUUGAUAUACUUACCAGUAUGGACACAGAUUCCUUCUUGAUGGCCCUACGGAGAUUCAUAGCCAGACGCGGCAAACCCUUUGAGCUUUUGGCAGACCAGGGUACCAAUUUCAGAGGAGGAGAAAGAGAACUAAGAGAAUCGUUUAUGGCUCUUCAUCCUGAGUUACAAGCUCACCUCGCCAGCCAGCAGAUAAGAUUUCUCUUUAACCCACCCAGUGCACCUCACUUCGGAGGAUGCUGGGAGAGAGAAAUACGUUCUCUAAAGGCAGCGCUUCAAGUCACACUUGGUGCUCAGACGGUCAGUGAAGAAGUACUGAGAACAGUCCUUAUAGAAAUAGAAGGUAUUCUCAACUCCAAACCCAUUGCCUACACCUCUUCUGACAUUGCGGAUCCAGACCAAGUAACUCCAAACCUCUUGUUGAUGGGGCGGCGGGAUGCCUCAUUACCUCAAGUCACAUACCAUGAUUCUGAACUCUUGAGCCGUAGAAGAUGGAAGCACAGUCAGCUCCUCGCUGAUCACUUUUGGAGACACUUUAUUCGUCACUACCUACCAAACCUUCAGAUUAGGCAGAAAUGGAAAACAGGAGGAACUGAUCUGCAGAUUGGAGAUACCGUUAUGAUCAUAGACCAGCAAUUGCCACGUGCUUUGUGGCCUGUGGGAAAGGUUGUUCAGGUACAUCCUGGAACUGAUAAGAGAAUUAGAUCGGCAGAGAUACAGGUGAAAGACAAAACUUACACCCGACCUGUAGCCAAGUUAGUAUGUCUGCCCCCUCUCCAUGAUUAACUCCCAUCCUGGACUGAUAGAAAGAUGAGCCACUUUUAUAAAUCAAAUUCACAAGGUGAAUUUGGGGGCGGCUGUAGAAACUAAAUGCCUAAAACAUGGACUUUCCCAAACACCCCUAUCGUUUCAUCAGAAAUGGACUGUUCCAAAAGUUCGCACUGGGGUUGCUAGGUUACGGAGCGGGAGAGAGAACCGUAUAGCGGAGUUGGCUGCACGUUGUAGAUAGUUUAUAGACCGAAACAGGUGGAUUAAGUGCCAAAUUAUUGAAGUGUUUAUUGAUUAUGUAUACGUGUGCGUGCAUCACGAUAACCACACAUUUCUUAUUCAAUAAACAAACCUACAUUUCUUGAGAUAUCGUUGUCUUGACCAGCAACCUGUAGCGUUCAGCAAUCCAACCAGUGGUUGAAAAAGAG